AUGCAGGGCAUGUUGGCGAGUCGUUCGGCUGGUCUUGUGUGCAAGCGUCGUCUUGCUAGCGUACCCAACGGUAUAAUUCGCGGUAUGGCCACGGUGGCGGAUGCUCCAAAACGCUCGCACGGUGGCCUUGGUGAUCAGGACCGCAUUUUUCAAAACCUUUACGGUCAUCAUGACUUCCGCCUAAAGGGCGCUAUGGCCCGUGGUGACUGGCACCGCACGCGUGACAUCAUUGACAAGGGUCACGAUUUCAUCAUUAACCAGAUGAAGGCAUCUGGUAUUCGGGGACGAGGUGGUGCUGGCUUCCCCUCGGGUAUGAAAUGGAGUUUCAUGCUCAAGCCUGGAUGGGAAAAAGACCCUCGUCCUCGCUACCUUGUGAUUAACGCCGAUGAAGGUGAGCCAGGCACCUGUAAGGACCGCGAGAUUAUGCGCCAUGACCCGCACAAGCUCAUUGAAGGCUGCCUUGUUGCCGGCCGUGCUAUGGGUGCCAAUGCCGCCUAUAUUUACGUGCGUGGUGAGUUUUUCCUCGAAGCGUACAACACGCAGGUUGCCAUCAAUGAGGCAUACAAAGCUGGCUUGAUUGGCAAGAAUGCAUGUGGCACGGGCUACGACUUUGAUGUUUACGUGCACCGAGGUGCCGGUGCCUACAUUUGUGGAGAGGAGACAGCUCUGAUUGAGUCGUUGGAAGGCAAGCAAGGAAAGCCGCGCAUGAAGCCGCCGUUCCCGGCUGAUACGGGUGUUUUUGGCUGCCCCACUACGGUGGCCAACGUUGAAACGGUUUCUGUUGCGCCCACCAUCAUUCGUCGUGGUCCAUCGUGGUUUGCCAGCUUUGGACGUGAGCGAAACCACGGUACUAAGCUGUUCGCUAUCAGUGGUCACGUUAACAGGCCAUGCGUGGUGGAGGAAGAAAUGAGUAUCCCCUUGAAAGAGCUAAUUGAGCGUCACUGCGGUGGAGUCCGUGGCGGGUGGGACAACCUUCUCGCCAUUAUUCCUGGUGGUUCUUCCACGCCCAUGAUCCCACAGGAGGUUUGCGAGAAAGCUCUUAUGGACUUUGAUUCUCUGCGUGACAAUCAAACUGCUCUUGGCACUGGUGCUGUAAUUGUGAUGGACAAGUCGACGGACCUGAUUAAGGCCGUUUCUCGUCUUACCAAGUUUUACCAACACGAAAGCUGCGGUCAAUGCACUCCUUGCCGUGAGGGCACGUCUUGGCUCGCAAGCAUGAUGACCCGAUUCGAGUCUGGCCGAGCGUCUCUCCGUGAAAUUGAUAUGAUGUGGGAACUCACUCGUCAGAUGGAGGGUCACACCAUCUGUGGUCUGGCGGAUGCAUCGGCUUGGCCCAUACAAGGUCUGCUCCGGCACUUCCGUCCACGUGUGGAAGAACGCGUCAAGGAAUUUGUUGCCCAGAACGGCACUGUUCUCUACGGCGGUCGUCUCGCCAGCGAGCGCCGGCCAGACCUUGCCAUCCCUGGAAAUAUGUCCUUCCCCGACCGGACGACGAAAGACAACUACCAGCCUGGCUUGCAUAGCGCAUGA